AUGGUCUCUUUGUCCGAUAUAGACUGGGGGAAAAAGGACCCAAGGAAGCCCAUAAGCAAAACACACCCGUACGAGUUUGCACGGUUCACAAACCCGAAAAAAAGAAAAGUGGAAAGCCCGCCGCUCCCGGCAGUGGUUCCCCCGGCAAAGCCUCCAUCUGCCGCAGAAAGCCGCACGGCGCCAAGCCCACCGGCAAAGCAGCCGCACGAGAGGCUGCUCAAGACAAACCUUGUGCUGCAGGCGUAUCUAAACCUUCUGUUCAACGGGCUGGUUAUGGGCAUCAUUAUAAUGCUCCUGAUCAAGGGCAUUGUUUUGGUCAAGAACGACAUAGGCGUGCGCAUGGACUCGCACAUAAUAGACCAGAAAAUACGGCUGUCGGAGUGCAGGCGGCAGUAUGUGGUGAACCGCUGCGCCCCGGGCGAAAGGGUGCCUGCCAUGGAGAGCCAGUGCCAGGAGUGGGAAAAGUGCAUGAACCAGGACCCGAUUCGGCAGGAGCUGGGAAAGAUCAUCCUGCGAAUGGCGAGCGAGAGCGCGGAGGAGCUCAUGAGUGCGCUCUCCGUGCGGACAAUCGUUCUGGCAACCCUAGCCCUUGUGCUUAUUCUCAAGUUUAGAAGAUGA